AUGACGAUCGAGCACAAUUCUUAUGAAGAAGUAUUGCGCAACGAAAAUCCAUCUAGAACAAUCGUUAACAGUGAAACUAAUAUAAAAUUGAAGCCUCUGGAGCUUAAGAAAUUUGAUGGAAAUUUGGAAAAUUGGAUUCCAUUCUGGGAACAAUUUAAACAAGCAAUUCAUGAGAAUUCGAAAUUAGAUGCAGCUUCAAAAUUCAACUAUUUAAGUGACUCACUGGUAGGCAAAGCAGCGGCAGCAAUGACGGGAUUUUUGCCGACAGAACGUUGUUAUGAUGACGCCAUAGAAUUACUCUUAGAAGAGUACGGCGAUAGCGACAAAAUUGUAGACAAGUACAUACAAAAGUUGCUAAACAUAAGAGCCAUCAACUCAGCGAGCGACGUAAAGAGUUUAAAAAUUUUAUACAACGAAGUAAGAGCAACGAUGAGAACUCUGUCAGCAUUAUGUAUUUCACCAACUCAGUAUAACAUCAUGGUGCACUCAAUAUUGUUAAAGGCAUUGCCAGUAAGCAUGAGAAUAAAUUUCUAUAAAACGCAAAAGGGAAGUUCACAUUCAACUAACGCAAGUCGCACCAGACUAAACGAAAGUGAGCGAGCACUAGAGCAAAAUUGCGACAAUUUAGAAGCUCUCUUGGAAUACAUAAAAGUUGAUAUUGAAGCAUUAGAAACAGCUCAAAUAGUUGAGAGAGAUAAUAAGAAAUUUGAAGAGAAAAGAAUAUCGGAACAUAAACCAAGGGGUACAGCUGUUGGUUUGCAUGCUAGUUAUGUAGCAAAUCAAAUUAAACAUUUAACAAUAAUGUGCGAGAAAAAACAUUUGAAAGAGAACCGAAAAAUUCAAGAGAAUGAGAGUUCUGAUAAAACGAAUAUUGUGGAGCAAGUAAUUGGAAAUAAGCAAAUGACAUCAUCACUAAAUGCUAUGAAAGCAGAGGAUAAUCAAAUUUACUUGCAAACAGUAAAGGCCAUUAUUGUAAACAAAAACAAUAAUACUGAAGUUUUGUCACGUUGCAUUAUGGACAACGGUAGUCAACGAACAUACAUAACUGAAGAGCUUGUCAACAAUUUAAAUAUGCCUGUAAUUGGUUAUGAAGAAUUUAAAAUCUUAGGAUUCGGCGAAUUGAAUGAAAAUAAGUCUGCUAAGCGUUUUAAGCAAGUGCUUUUUCAUAUAAAGAGCCAGUAUUAUGACAAGGACAUUGAAAUAAGUGCAACUGUCGUUCCACAAAUUUGUUCAGAUUUUCUGCCUGUACCAAAUGUACAAGGUAAGAAAUACAAAUUUAUUGAAAAUAAACUCGCAGAAAAAAUCAUCGUAUCGAAACAAAUAUUGUCAGGAAUUAAUUUGUUGAUUGGGCAAGACAACUAUUGGAUUUUUAAUACACAUAAAGUAAAACGAAUAACAGAUAGUUUAACAGAUAGUUUAACAGCAGUGGAUACGUAUUUUGGUUGGACAAUUCAGGGCGGCAAGGGAACCAAAAAUUGCGUAAAUUACAAUUUUAAUAUUAUUGAGACUGAUAAAGAUUUCAAUUUAACAAAAUUUUGGGACUUAGAAGCAAUAGGAAUUAUUAAUAAUGAUGAUACAGCUAUAUCAAAUACAGUUACUAGCAUAAAAAAGAUUGAUGGUCGUUAUACAAUUAAUUUGCCUUGGAAAUUAGAAAAAUCUAAAUUAAAUAACAACAAAAUUAAUGCCGAAAGUGUAAGCAUAUAUGCAACAGUGCAAUUAAGUACCAAAAUGUAA